AUGGAUUCAAAAAGUUAUGAAGGAAUCCAUAAAAAUAUCACUUCCACUACCUGUUAUGUGGGCGGAAGCGUAGCAAUCGUCUUGUUGGAAACAACAUCCAACAAAAAUACUUUGAAUUUUAGCAACAAUGCAGUAACGCUAGUUUUGUCCUGUUGUCAAAAGAAAGCGCUACCUCCUAUUGAGGAGCAGGCAACGCUGUUAAACAUGUUUGAAGAUACCAAGCGGUGCUUUUUCAACUGCAAUCGUAGUGAUUCACUAGUGACUGGUGGAGUAAAUCGACUAAAGAAAACUGCUGAGAGCAGUAGAGAGCGAGGAGACACUAUCCGUACACAAAUUGAAUCUGGUCUACAAGAUGGGAGUUUAACGAGUUUGCAAUUUCACAAGGUUUGUGUAAGCAGUUAUACAUUUAAGCAACAUAUACAAGGUGCAGUAAAGAAAAAAGGUGAACAAUAG